AUGGCAGACCUUCCCGUCGAAUUACCGAUUGAGUCGCAACCAGUCAACAGCACCCGUCUCCGCCGUUUCCUCGUUCUCGCAGCCAUAAAGCUUCUCAAACGCAUCGUCCCUAGUCAUGGAGCCCUCAUAUUUCUCCCCAACAAUCUCUGCAUCAAGUACGGGCCUCUAAGGAAUCUUUCAGAAGCAUCGGCUAUGCGAUUUAUCGCCCAACAUACCUCGAUACCAGUUCCAAAAGUACAUUGCGCUUUUACUCGCAAAGGGUGCACAUAUAUCGUGACGGAGAAAAUAAAGGGCGAAAUGUUGGGAAUUGGAUGGGUUAAACGGAGUGACGAUUCGAAAGCAAAGAUACUCCAGCAGCUCAAGGGAAUGGUGGACGAAAUGCGGAAUAUACCCCCUCCACGACAAGGACAAAGACAAGGCGUCUGUAACGUCGAUGGUGGAUCUGUAUGGGACAGCCGGCUGGCUGGGACUUCGAUGUACCAUGGACCCUUCGAGAGUGUGCACGACUUCCAUCGAUAUUUAAGGGGGGGGUUGGAUGCAGAUCCGAAUCACUACUCGGAUGUUAGUGAGCUUAUAGCAUUGCAAGACAGAGCCUGGCCGCCGCCAGUAUUUACACAUGGCGAUUUAAGCAGCUUGAAUAUCCUUGUCCGCGGCGAUGUUAUUGUGGGAAUUAUUGAUUGGGAGACAGCUGGCUGGUACCCAUCAUAUUGGGAGUAUACCUCGGCUUCGCAAGUAAGCCCGAUGAAUUAUUUUUGGCGAGAGGAGAUCGACAAAUUCCUAGAGCCGAUGCCCGAAGCAUUAGAAAUGGAAAAGAUUCGGCAGAAAUACUUCGGGGAUGUUUGA